AUCGGCAUCCAGUUGACAACUCAAUUUAAUCCACAGUGAACAACACCCAAGAACACACUCACCGGAGCAAGCAGUCCGUGAAGCGAUGGCGCAUUUCCAGGGCCAGCAGCACGGCCACCCGGCCACCCGCGUCGACGAGUACGGCAACCCUGUGCCGGCCGGCCACGGCGUCACCGGGACCGAAGGCUUGGGGCACUUCCCGGGCCAGGCCCAGCAGCACGGCCACAACACCACCCGCCUCGACGAGUACGGCAACCCGGUGACGGCCGGCCACGGCGUUGGGCUGGGAUCCACCGGCACUGGAGUGCACGGCGGGUACGGGUCUGCCGGCACCGGCACCCACGACACUGGCGGCCACGGCCGCCAGGUGGGAUACGGUGCCACUGGCACGGGCACCCACGACGCUGGGGGGUUUGGAGGCUCUGGAAUUGCCCCUCGGCACGACACCACCGGCACUGGGCUUCACGACGCCGGUGGGUUGGGCACGCGGCAUGCCGCCACCGGUACCCACGGCACAGGCCAGACCGCCGGGCUCGGCGGCACAGGCACAGGGAUGACCGGGACCCAUGGCGCAGGCCACACCGCCGGGCUCGGCGGCACAGGCACAGGGAUGACCGGGACCCAUGGCGCAGGCCACACCGCCGGGCUCGGCGGCACCGGCACAGGGAUGACCGGGACCCAUGGCACGGGCCACACCGCCGGGCUCGGCGGCACCGGCACAGGGAUCACCGGGACCCAUGGCACAGGCCACACCGCCGGGUAUGACGCCACCGGUACUCAUGGCACAGGGCACACGGCCGGGUACGGGGCGACCGGCACUGGGAUCACUGGAACCCACGGCGCCGCUGGCACACACCCUCAUGGCGGGGUAGCCGAGCAAAAGACUCGUGGCAUCCUCCACCGCUCUGGCAGCUCCAGCUCCAGCUCGUCAUCCUCCGAGGACGACGGGAUGGGCGGUAGGAGGAAGAAAGGCAUGAAGCAGAAGAUCAAAGAGAAGCUCCCCGGCGGUAACAAGGAGCAGACCACGGCCGCCGGCGGCUACGGGCCAGGGUACACGGGGACGACUGGCACUGGUGGGCCAGGGUACACGGGGACCACCGGCACUGGCGGGGCCUACGGAGCCACUGAGGGGACGCAUGAGAAGAAGGGCGUCAUGGAGAAGAUCAAGCAGAAGCUCCCUGGCGGGCACAAGGACACCCAGCCGCACACCACGGCUACCGGCGGCUACGGACCUGGCACCACUGGUACCACUGGCACCGGCGGCUAUGGUACUGGCACCACCGGCACCGCGGGGACGCACGGCGCCACUGAGGGCACCCACGAGAAGAAAGGCAUGAUGGAGAAGAUCAAGGAGAAGCUCCCCGGCGGCCACCACUGAGCUGAGCCUAGCUUGCCUCGGCCUCGGGUACAGAGUAGUGAAGAAUAAAGACUCGAGGAAUCGCCGUGUGCACAAUCAAGGGAUAGUAUUUAAGUUUUUUUUAUGUUAUCCUUUUUAUCUUCUUUUUUUUUUACAAAAUGUUAUCCUUUUUAUCCGUGUGAUAGAUGUUGCAGUACUGUGAAAUGGCCUAGUUUGUAAGUACGUUUGUCUGGUUGGUUCGCACUCUUUCAUCGGUGUGAUAGAUGUCGCAAAUACUGUGACAUGACCUGUAAGCUACAACUACUUCUCUGAUGCGAAUCGGGAGAUCUGGCUUGGAAUCAAUGGUGAAUUUGAAAUA